AUGCUCUCAGGCCUCAAGACCGGUGUCCAGAUCAAGACUCAGCUCGAUAUCCCCCUGUGCAGCAAGCAGGACCCCGAACUCGCUCUCGCGCGCCUCCCACAGCCCAAUAUCAGGAAUGUUCAGCAGCCAGAAACAACAGCUCAUCUUCCAAUGAUAUAUCCGCUUGCUAUUUUGUCUCUUUUGCACACUUUUUAUAUCUCUGUUUGUCUGUCUACUACACGCCGUCAGCAUGGCCUACUAGGGCCAUACUUUUCCCACCAACCAUGGUUCCCUCCCAGGAGCCCAUCUGGGGGACCUCCCCGUGUGUAUUCGCUGUGGACAACCGAUCUGACUCUGCUCUGCCUCGAUCUCGACUCGCAAGUGAUAUAUCCUGCAAACACUUACCCUCCAGACAGCAUAUCCAGGAUACCUGAAAGACAAAAACUACUCCUGAGAAGACCACCUUUCCAUAGUUACUGCUCUUCUGCCUCCCCUGCUGCUGUUUUCUCCAUAUCAAACUCCCUGUACCGAGUAAAUACCACCAACCACCCUCCAGCUAUCACUGAAGCAGGACGAGGAGAGAGAAAAAAAAAACUUCACUUCCCCUCUUCUGCAGAACCUGAGUUCCGUGAAACUAAUCAGGAGGCUGGGAGGACAUCUGAAGAGGAGAAGACCCCCCCUCUUUUGCUACAUUUCUUGCUGCUGGUUUUGUUAUUUACUAACGCAUACUCGACCAUCGUCAAUUUCAACACAGGCACAGGCACGGGCACGGGCACGGGUACAGGAUUCAAGGACCAGCCCAGUCCCCAGUACUGCGCCAUCAUGUCUGCUUUCCACCAUCACCUCGACCUGGCCGGGAGGCGCCGCCUGGGUGCCCUCGAUGCCUACGAACGACCCUACUUGUCCGACGAGCCCAAGGAUGCAGAGACUGCAAUCCUACCUCCGCAGUUCACCCAUACGCCUCUGGUGCGCUCAUCUACCCUCUCAUUCUCGGACUCGUCAGUGUCAAGUCUAGGCGGCGGCGACUUGAAGACUGAGGUCCAGCGCAUGCUGAGAGAGACGGCAACGGAGACACAGACGGAGCGGCUACCGCAGCCUGCCCAGGAACACCAGCCACAGGAGCUGCUGCAAUCAGACGGAGAGAACGGCGAUGAUGAGUACAGUGAGGGAACUGAUAUUGCCUCCUUGACUUCUGUUGAUGACCAAUCUACUGGAGGAGUAGAAAUCUGUCAUUUACCUGUCUCUACUGAAGUACAUGUUGAUCGCCCAUUGCUGGCCACUGACUGUCAUGAACAAGUCAAUUGGGUAGGCGACAACGAUGAUGAUGAUGAAGAGGAUGAUGAAGGUGAUGACGAGGAAACUGAGGAAGAAGAAGACGAUGAUGAGGAAGAAGAGGAUGAGGAGGAUGAUGAAGAAGACGAAGAUGUUGAAAUGUUUGAUUCUGACUCUGAUGAUGCCUCUGACGAUGAUAACGACGUCUCUGUCAAUGGUGACGACCAUGUAGAUGACCUAGGUCUCGACGAUGAGUUUUCAUACAUUUCAUUUUCACGCUCUGUGCACUUUGCGCCCACGCUGGAGACUGUGAUCCCCGACAAGACCUACGACUCGGAGAUGGAACCACCCACGGAGCCACUUCCCGAGAUGACUAUCCACGAGAAAAUCCAGAUUGCUCUCGCUGCACAGGCAAGGUCUCUUGACCCGGCAAACUUUAGCAAUGACGAGCACGACGAGCCAGACGAGCACUCCAGGGACCAUCUCGACCUCGACAAGCAGCUCCUGACCGCCUACAUCAACGGUCUACGCACCAUCUCAGCUCAUGUCUGCAGGAUCGUCAUACGUUCGCGCACUCUCCCCCGCGACCCCAGGGCAAGUGACGGCGUCGAGCCUGACACCAGGACAUACGUCAACGAGUACCUUGACAGGAUCUCGCUGCUGUUGCAGAAUUUCUUUCCCAACUUGGUCGACGAGGACAAGUUCGACGACAUACUCGAGUCCACGACCAUGGCUGUCUCGUUUGACGACGAGGAGAAUGUGACCUACCGUCCUGGCUUCACCGAUGCCCGCAAGAUGAUCCAGUCUGCACUGGAAGAGACGCUCGACGUGGACGACAUGUACAUGGCCGACGAGGUCACCAAGUGGCUGGCCAGCGAACUGAUCGAGCCCCUUGGUCUGCGAGCCGUGAGGCUCGAGAGGAACUGA